AAAUCAAUGAAAACAAUGGCAAAAUUGCAUGAAUUUGGCUUCGAAUUGCUUCUGCAUCCACCGUAUUCGCCAGAUCUGGCCCCCAGCGACUUUUUCCGGUUCACAGACCUCAAAAGGAUACUCGCUGGAAAGAAAGUUAGCGCCAAUGAAGAAGUAAUCGCCGGAACUGAAGCCUAUUUUGAAGCUAAAGACAAAUCGUACUACAAAAAUGUUAUCGAAAAGUUGGGAGAUCGCUAUAAUCACUGUGUCGCUGUCGAAGGCAAUUAUGUUGAGUAAUAAAAUCGAAUUUUGACAAAAAAAAUGUAUUUUACUAUGGUAGACCGGGGUUCUUUCAAUUGGCUUGUUACAGUUUAAUCUUACUUUGAAAUAGAAGGAGGUUGCCUGAAAUGGCAGUAAAUUUUGCAAUAGCAGCGAGAGAAACAUGCAUUCGAAAAAGAAGCCACGUGGAUGACCUUGUUUAGGUGUUGAAUCAAGAUAAUUAGGUACAACAGGUCCUGAAUCAUUUCUGCUCAAGUGAACGAAAUCUCUAGGCUACAGACAGCUUCGGGUAAAAUCGAUGAAUUCCUUCACAAUAUCCUUUAAUCCCAGGAAAUGUGACAUGCGCAAAGUGAACCCACGCUUCGUUGUUGUUGAGGUUUCCUUGUUCAACACGCCAGGGGUGUGUUAAUCGAUUCUAGAAGCUAGCCCAAAUUUAUUUAUCCUGAACCAACAAUGUGUAAUUCAACGAGUCCUUGAUUGUUGAAACAACCCUCCCACAGAGUGAUCACAAGAAGCGAAUUGGAUCCUUAGAUCUGCAUCUGAUCAAGUGUUUGUGUUGUUGCUUCUUUCAAAGGCUUGUUGUGCUGCUUUUUUUUUGUAGACCAAAAUAAAUUGAAGACGCACUAAAGGAAAAUCUGUAUCGAAUGUUCUGUGAGAAGGAAAAUCGAAUUUGUUUCACAUCUUGGACUUCUUCAGAAUGGAAAAAGGAAAAAAAGAAUAUAGGCAAGUGUUACCAGUUCCUAUGUACCCCCAUGAUUACAACAUAUGGUCUGUAUUAAAAAACUGUAUUGGAAAAGAACUGAGCAAAAUAACGAUGCCUGUAGUAUUUAACGAACCACUGAGCUUCCUCCAAAGACUUACUGAAUAUAUGGAGUACGCACAUCUCCUAAGACUGGGCUCUCAGCAACCCAACCCUAUAUCCAGAAUGCAAUAUGUUAUUGGGUUCGCUGUGAGCGCUCUAGCUUCUAAUUGGGAAAGGUUAGGAAAGCCCUUCAACCCAUUGCUAGGGGAAACGUAUGAACUGGAGAGGGAGGAAUUCAGAAUUAUUUGUGAGCAAGUGAGCCAUCAUCCACCAAUCUCAGCGUUUCAUGCUGAACAUGAAGACGACUGGAUUUUUCAUGGUUCUAUUCACCCAAAAUUGAAGUAUUGGGGCAAAAGUGUGGAAAUACAACCCAAAGGAACCGUCACUGUGGAAUUUCCCAAAUUCCAAGAAGCAUAUACUUGGAGCAAUGUUCAUUGCUAUGUGCACAAUAUUAUCGUUGGUAAACUAUGGAUGGAACAAUGCGGAGAGAUGGAGAUUACUAAUCACGCUACAGGUCACAAAGCACAUCUUACAUUCAAAUCAGCUGGAUCUAACAACAAGGAUCUCCACAGGGUAGAGGGAUAUAUUUCUGAUGAGAACAACCAGAAAUUAUAUUUCAUCUACGGUAAAUGGACUGAAUUCAUAAAAUCUACAGAUUACUCAAAUUAUGAGGAAUACAUGAAAGAAACGUCACAUAAGUCUAAGAAGGAUGAGAGGAGUAAGAGCCCUAAUAACUCCCCAUGUCAUACCUCAAAAAAAGUCCUACAAAAGCUCAAUAGUCUUAAAGUUAGUCCAUUCAAAUCUAUUUCUCUUCAAGAGAGCGUUGACGAGUCUAAUUUAACUGAUUCUACUAGUGUACCGAAAAGCGAGUCUUCCUAUUCUUUGGACAUCCCCAACUCAAUAAUGAUUUGGCAGGUGAAACCUAGGCCUCUUCAGAGCGGUGAUUAUUAUCAAUUCACAGAGUUCGCCAUGUCUUUGAAUGAAAUUGAACAAGGAAUGGACAAAUAUUUAUGCCCUUCAGACUCACGCCUAAGGCCAGAUAUAAGAAAACUGGAACAAGGUGAUAUAGAUGGUGCAGCCAUAGAGAAGACAAGGUUGGAAGAAAAACAGAGAAGUGCGAAUAAGCAUAGGAAAAGCAAGAAAAGUAAUGAUUGGGCUCCGGGGUGGUUCAAAAAUGAGAUCAACCCCUACACAAAACAAGAGGACUGGAUAUACAAUGGUGGAUACUGGGAUAGACAAUAUAAAGACAACAUCGACAUAUUUUGAAUUCAGGAUGAUCAACGCUUUCAGAAAGUCUAGAAAACAUGGAAUGAUUUUUCAUUAGAAGAUUGUAGGUUAGAUCUCAAACGCACCUAAGGAUUUGAUGAUAAAUCCAAUUUACUUCUUGUGUUAUACAUUCAGGGUGAGCCUACUACUUGGAGGCAUAACAAGUUUGAAAAAAAAAAUAGUUACGAAACAAAAUUAAAACCAUAAAGAUAUUGUUUAGAAUCUAAAUGUUAUCGCAUUCAAAUAAUAUAAGAAAAUUGUGACACUUAUGUAUAUGUGAUAUGAUGUUAUUCAGAACAUUUGAACAUCAUUAACUACCUAUUGAUUCGAGGUGGUGAAAAACUAUCCGAAGGAACUAAAUUUGGCAAUUAUCUUUUCGUAUAAAACGAAUUCUAAAAUAAUUCGUCUUUUCUAUAAACCCUAUCAGGAAUAUUGAUAGUUUUUUUUCUUUGAAGAGAUAAGAGGGAAGUUCGAGAUUACCUAAACUCUUCAACCUCAAUAUUAAUAAGAAUUUCUCUGAGUAACUAUAAAUAGUAGAACAUCUGUUUCUUCCUUCUUUUGACAAUAUGAAAAUAACCCACAAUACUAAUUUUUCGCCUUAUACUUACAAUAAGUCGUGCAUCAAAAUAAAUGAUGUAUUUUUGAAUAGUAAAGAUUAUACAGGGUGUCCCGAGAAGAAUGCGACAAACGAAUAACAUGAAUUAAAUUCAUCAGGAAGGUCCCGUAUCAAGAGGUUUCAAUCGCCUGAGUGCCUUCGUU